AUGUCACGUGUACCAUGUGGUCGAAUAUGUCAUCAGGAAAGGAUGGAAGUGACACUGCAAAGUUAUGGACGUGGUGCAUUUGGUUUAGUUGUACAUGAUCAAAUUUCAAAAUCCAACUUACCUCAAUCAAAACGUCAACCAUUUUUCAUUUCACAUAUGGAAAAAAAUUCACCUGCUGAAAGAAGUGGUGUAUUGCAAGUUGGUGAUCGUAUUAUUGCUAUUAAUAAUUGGAGUAGCAUAAAUGGUACAGCCGAAGAAGGUAAUCAAAUAUUAAGACAAGCAACAAGCCCGUUGAAAUUAUUCGUUGAAUUUGAUGUAAUUGAAAGUGCUUUACCAUUUGAUGGUGUUUUUGAUGUAAAAUUAGCAAAAAGAGGCAAUAAUCUUGGUAUUGUGGUUAGGAGUGAAGCAGAAAAUACAAAGGGUGAACCAGUUAUCAUAUCAGAUAUACAAAUUGGAAGCGUUGCUUAUCGGUUAAUUUAA